UGUACAGUCCGGGGAGCGGCUGCCGCACACUGUACAGAGAUCCGGGAGUGAGACCGGCUGCGGGACGGCGGGGACCCGGGAACUUACUGCGGGGACAGGGGGUCACUGCCGGAGCCAUGGGUGAGAGCGAGCGCCAGGGAAGGAGCAGCGCCGGGCACCACUAGAUCCUUACUAAGGAUCGGGAUCCACCUCUGCGCCCAGGGUUUGGGAUCCACUUCUGUACCGAGAGUUUGGGAUCAACUUCUGUACUCAGGGUUUGGGAUCCACUUCUGUACCCAGGGUUUGGGAUCCACUUCUGUACGCAGGAUUUGGGAUCCACUUCUGUACCCAACUUUGUACCCAGAGACAUCUGCCAGGAUUGCCCUAGUUCCAGUUCUUCUUUAGCUCUCCUGCAGGGAUCUCCUCCGGGGAUCUAGUGGAUCCACCAGCAUGGCCCUCUCCCAGCUGCAGUGCCUGGACAAUAACAAUGUCAACUGGAGAUCCAGUGAGACCAAGCCUGAGUUCUUCUACAGUGAGGAGCAGCGUCUGGCGCUGGAAGCCCUGGUGGGCUCUGGGCAGGACGCCUUUUAUGAUGUGGUCAAGAAGGAGAACAUCCGAGACUUCCUGUCCGAGCUGGAGGUGGUCGACAUCGAGGGCCGGGUGGAACCCUUUGAUCCUGACUCCAGCUAUCCCAGGAAAAGUGGGUCGGAUGGAGAAGGGGACCCCGAGGAGGGCGUAGAGCAUUCCUUGGAAUACUGGCCGGAUAGGUCGGACUGCUCCAUCCCGGAAUUGGAUUUGGGGUGGCCAGACACGGUGGCCUACAGAGGGGUGACCCGGGCAGCGGUGUACAUGCAACCACCCAUCGAUGGCCAGCCUCAUAUCAAAGAGGUGGUCCGGAAGAUGAUCACACAAGCCCAGAGGGUUAUUGCGGUGGUCAUGGACCUCUUCACUGACGUGGACAUAUUUAAGGAUAUGCUGGACGCAGGAUACAAGAGGAAGAUCUCGGUGUACAUCAUCCUCAAUGAGUCACAAGUGAAGUAUUUCCUACAGAUGUGCGAGAAGGCGCAAAUGCACAGAGGACACCUCAAAAACCUCAGGAUCCGUAGCAUCGGGGGAGCAGAGUUUUACACCAGAGUCUCAACCAAGUUCAGGGGAUCUCUAGGACAGAAGUUCAUGUUUGUGGAUGGAGACAAAACUGUAUGUGGGUCUUACAGCUUCACCUGGUCAGCAGCGAGGAUUGACCGAAAUCUGAUCACCGUGCUUUCCGGCCAAGUCGUGGAAACCUUUGACCGUCAGUUCCAGGAACUCUAUCUCUUGUCCAAAGGAGUCAGUUUAAAAAAUGUCACAAUGGAUAAUGAACCGGAACCGGAACCAGUGAUACAGCCGGCCUCUUUGCCCACUGGGCAAGCAGAAUCCAUUGCCAAGAAGAUGAUUAACCCCAAAUAUGCCCUGGUUAGUGUCAAGAGUGCCAGCGAGGCUGGCAAAGACUCCAAGAAAGAAGCCGAGCUUGCCAAGAAGAUGGCCCCUAGACCGCGCGUAAUGCCAGUAGAGCAGAUGUACGAGCAGCAGAUCCAUCCGGCUCUGCAAGACAUGGAAAGAGCCGAUAUGUUUCAGUAUCUCCCCACAUGGGUGGAGCCAGACCCGGAGCCGGGUAGCGAUAUCCUAGGAUACAUUAAUAUUGUUGACCCCAAAAUUUGGAAUGCGCAGCCAUCUCAGAUGAACAGAAUCAAGAUCUGCGACACUUCUCAAGCAACAGCUCAGUAUUUGCAGCAGACGAGGGAGAAUGAGAUCAUGAGGCAACGAUCGGAGAGUCCGUCAGCUAAGAACAUGUACAGGGAACCUAGCCAUGAACAAGAUGGUCGUAACCAGAGCACUUCAGACAUGGAGGCUGCCCAGAGUCCCAGCAGAGGUCAUCCUUUCAGAGAGAAUAGCCAAGAGCAUGGAUCCAUAGCCAGCUCUACAAAGAAUAGCCUAUCAAGGCAGGCCAGCCAAGAAGAACCAAUGCCAAGAGAAGAUGGUACAAUAAGGCAGCAUGAUGGUGAAGUAAUAGCCAGUUAUGAGACUCAGGAGGUACUUUCUCCACAGAAUUUCUCAGAAAGCAUAGCAACGCUGGCUGCCAACCACCACCUUGUGUCUAGGAACUCUAGUUCAGCAUCCGCCGGGGGCAAACCGCCUCCGGUGCCGAAACCCCGGACUUUGCAAGUCACAGACUUCAUUACCAUGAAGAACGCAAUAAACACUAGAUCGCUCCGAUCCAGCACAUCCACAGAUGAGAACACCGUGCCUUCUGUCAACGGGGUGGACGCUGAAGGAAGAGAAGCAGAGGAGAUCGACAUCAUCAUUGAGAGUGAACACAAUGCCGAAGACGAAGAUGACGCCGGGAUGUUCAGGUCGUGUCCUGCAGAGUAUUCGUCCAGUGGCUCUGGUUCUCUACCUCCAUCCAAUGCCUCCUCCAUGUCCGAGGAAUAUUAUCCAUCCGGGUCCUUGCACCGGAGGAGCUCCGAACGUAUUUCCAAUGGAGAACGGCCUCCACCCCACAGGAAGCUCAGUGACGGCCAUAUUAGUAGAGGAAGCUUCUUGAGUCCCCUCAACAUCUCCCAUUCCUUGAUGGAAAUGAAUCCUUCAGAAAACGGCAAGAAAAGAACCAUGCUGGAGGAGUAUGUUAUAUCUAGUAACCCCUUACAGAGGAAGGAUCGUCUUUAUGGUCUGGACAAUUCUCAGGGGAAACAACAUUUCCAUUACACCACAAAUGGCCCCACCGGAGGAUUUGACAGAUUCCACUCCCACCCUGGCAGCCGGAGCGUAGGCAGGGGCAAGAAGGAUCCUAUGGAAGGUCCCGGAGCGUACCGCCAUCUCAGUAGGAAGUCUGACAACCCGGGGGCUCGUCCGGGAUACUGGAACGGCAAGGACUAUGGGAGCGGCUAUACCAGUCCCCAUUCCCAGAGUCCCGUGCCACCUGACACCGUGACCACUCCGUUCGGAAUUCCCUAUUCUAAGUUAUCCCAAGCCAAACAUCUGAAGAACAAGAUAGGAGCUGGCAGCUUGGACUCUAGGAGAAGAGGGCACGGUCCCCCCGGACACAAGGACCUCUGAAGAAGCUCAAUAAGUGACGUUUGUCUCCUUAGUGGGCACAGGUUUAUACUGGCAAGAGGCCAUACACUUCAGACUGGGGGACCGGUAACUAUGCCCAGUGGUUGGGUAAUGCCAGCUGUGGUGUAAACAGGGUUCCCUGCUGCUGGCAUAUAAGCCACCCAUGUGCUGCUCGGCCUUACCGCCCCAGAGGUGCUAGCAGGCCCCGAAUGUACGUUGCUUGGUGAGGCUUGCGGGCGUUUAUUGGGGGGUAUUGAACUGUCUUUAUGAUGCCCAUCGCUGCUGGGGCUGCAGGGUCUGCACUUCUCUGCCUGUUUACAUUCUUAUUCCAACCAGGCAUCUUUAUGAUGACGCAACGCAAGACAUUAUGGGGUGCAAUCACCUAUAUCCUAAUAGGACCACCUGAACAUAUGGCGGCCAUUUUGGUGUUUUUUUAUGUUUGUUAAUGGUUAAGACUUAAUUUA